ACCAACACCGCAGCUGAACAAAACCCGUUAAACCUCUUCGCUAUUAAAGUCUGCAGAUAUUUUCUCUUCUUCCGGAGCUCUUAAACCCUAGCCGCUUCUUUUAUUUCUGUCUCUUGCAAAUUUCUUGGCUUUUCUCUUCUUAAAGUAAGCAUUAUAAUGGCACUUUCUAGCAAACUUGGAAGCCUACUGAGGCAAAAUGGGCAAAUGCCAAUUACAUCCAUGCUUAAUUCUGUCCGCUGCAUGUCAACAUCAACCAAAAAGCUUUUUAUUGGAGGUCUUUCAUACGGUACUGAUGAUCAGACUCUCAAGGAAGCAUUUUCCGGAUUUGGGGAUGUCACUGAAGCAAGGAUUAUCGUUGAUAGAGACAGUGGGAGGUCUAGGGGCUUCGGUUUUGUGAACUUUGCUGAUGAUCAAUCUGCCAGCAAUGCCUUGUCAGCCAUGGAUGGUCAGGAACUCAAUGGGAGAAACAUUCGAGUAAGUUAUGCCAAUGAAAGACCUAGUGGCCCUCGAUCUUUUGGUGGCAACAACGGUGGUUUCCGUGGGGAUAGAGGUUUUGGAGGGGAUUCUGGUUACUAAGUCCUUACAUCAAAAUCUAUCCAUGGGCGUGUCUGUAGCUAGUAGUUUACUUGUUUAGAUUUGAGGAUGUAUUUAGAUAUAUUCUAGAUGUGCUGAACUUAUGCAACUACUUUACACUAUUGGUUCAAUUUUUGUUAGUUGUUGCAUUUUAUUAUCUAAUAUUUAUAUUGGCAAGGUAAGGUUUUGACAUUGCUUGUGCAUGUCAUUGCAUGUGUUUUGGAUUGUGGUUUAAGUAUCUUGGCUCUUUGUUUAUUGCAGGGGAAUUUUGUGGUAUCUGCCUGCAAUAUGGUUAUGCCAACUUAAUUACAGGUAGGAUUACAGCCCAGUUUGAUGGUGCAAUACUAUGAUUGUAAUAUUUCAUGAGAUUCAAUAUGCAUUUUAUAGACAAGUAUUUUUA